GGCAAAAUUGGAAGUCAAUUACAAUUUAAUACUUCCUUAUUUUUACACAAAGUCAAAAUAGGAACACUUUUUCCAAACGGAGGGAGUAUAUAUAUAUGGGUAAUAAUGGGGUUAGGAUUUCUAGAGAGAAGGGGGAGAUUUCAACGGCAGCACCACUUCGCCGAACCUUUCAAUUUCGAUGGCCAAUUCCGGCAUCAUCAGAACUGGAAUUAUGAAGGGAGAGGCAGAGGAACCCCUACACCUCGGUGGCGAAGCGAUUCGAGAAACAUCAGAAAAGGAUGGAGAUCCAAAACCUGGUUUGGUGAUGUCCGAGCAAACUCUCCUCGUUACAAAGGUCCUUUUAUAUGCAAUUCUAGCGUUUCAAUCUCGAUCGAGAGCAAGGUAUUUAAUUUCCAGACUCCAGGACUGAUUGUAAUUUCUGAAUCCAAGAAUGGUAAAUCUCGAAUUGUUUCUUUAUCGCGUUCUACUGCCUCGUGGCUUUAUGAAUCACUAAGUCACCCACCAUUGGCUAGAGAGGGUUGGGUGAUUUCCAAAUAUGAGGGAAAUUUGAAGGUGAAAUCCCACUGGGAUUCAAAUUCUUCUGGAAAUUUUGUUAGAAUUAGAGCAGGGACAGAAAGGGAGAUGUCGAAUAUUUGCGUUCCGGUUGGAAGGCAUUCAGAAGGAAUUAAGCUUUUUGUUAAAGCUCUGAAUGUAGCCCUAAGCUUCCAAGAAGGCGAGGAAUCUGGGGUUAAGGAUUUAAACUUUGUCAAAGCUCCUGCACCUCUAGACUUGCUGAUGCUUCCUGGGGAACGAGUAGAGGAGAAGCAAAGGGGGUUUCCUUCCAUUUCAUCUAAUAUUUUUGAACAAGAUAUUGUGCAGGUUUCAAGGAUUGAUAACAUCACAGAAAAGGGGCUUUUUUCUGAUCCAAAAGAGGAACUUGAAGAGGAAAUAAACAAAGUUCAAAAAUUAUUCCAACCAGCUUUUGAGGCCUACUUUGAAUCGAUCUUCAAGGCACUAGAAAGACAAAUUAAAGAGGCUUUGGCAAGGACAGAACUUCUGGACAAACUCAAAAUGGGUCUCUUUCAAAAUAUGUCGGGGAAGACGUUAAGAGCAACAAGGGAGACAGUGAAAAGCAUGGAAAAAGGGAACAAGCUGCAGAGUCCCAAACUACAACUGCUUAAGUCUCUUUGGAUGGGCUAGUGGGUCUCUCCUAUUAAAGGGACCAUGGGUAACCGGUUUAGCUUGGUGCACUUAAUCUUUUAAUUUUGUGUGUGGGUUCUAUACAGUUGUGGUUCAGGGGGCUACUCCUUUACAAGGAAUAAUAGAUUUCUGUUUUCUAAUGUAUAAUACAACAAACUGGAAUGGAAGCUCAUCUAGGAUGAUCACAGCCUUGCAUCUUGUGCUGCAGAAGUGAGCAUUCAUCUGUUGUGGAUACACUUGGGGAAAUAUGAUACUUCCAAGCUAUGUUGCUGUUUUCAUUAAGACUUGAACAAACUUAAAAUGGGUCUCUUUCAGUAACUUUUUAGGAAUGGGCUAUGCUGCUGUUUUCAUUAAGACUUGAACAAACUUAAAAUGGGUCUCUUUCAGUAACUUUUUAGGAAUGGGCUAUGCUGCUGUUUUCUUUAAGACUUGAACAACAUCCAUUGUCCGGCAGCUGGUUGGGGGGCCUCGUUCGGGUCUGUCCCCUUUUGUUCAGAUGCUUUCAAUUGGAGUCAUUGAAGACCCACCU